AUGGAUAAUAGAACCUCUGACUUUCACUUGACAGCAUUUACCAACACUGGAGGAAACCACCUCAUUCUCUUCUUUGUGUUUUUAUUGUUGUAUUUAACCGGCAUAUUGGGCAAUUCUCUUAUAGUGACCUCUGUGAUUAUUGACACCCAUCUGCACACCCCUAUGUACAUCUUCCUCUGCAAUCUGUCCUCUGUGGAUAUGAUUUUUAACUCAUCUACUCUACCUAAACUGAUGGACAUUCUGCUUUCUGGGAAUGACUCCAUAUCCUUCACGCAAUGUUUCACACAACUUUAUUUUUACAUGUUGGCGGCCAGCACAGAGGACAUUCUGCUGUCUUUGAUGGCGUACGAUCGGUAUGUGGCUGUCUGCAAACCUUUACACUACCAUCUGAUCAUGAACAAAGCAAAAUAUGUCCUUCUGCUACUGGGCACCUGGGCGGCCGGGUGCCUCAACUCUUUAUUUUUGACUCUCUCAAUCUACCAGUUCGAUCUUUGUCCUGUAAAUAAAAUCCAACAUUUCUUCUGUGACAUUAAAGCUCUGGAGAAGAUAACUUGUAGCCGUAGCCAGUUUUCUAUACUGCUCUACAUUGAAAGUGUUGUCCUUGGGCUCUUUCCAUUUAUACUCAGCUUAUCCUCCUACAUUAAGAUCAUUCUCAUCAUCCUCAGGAUUAGGUCCACCAGUGGCAGGAAAAAGGCCUUCUCUACCUGCACGUCCCACCUUGCCGUGUUGAUUGUCUUCUACGGUGUUGCUCUAUGUAUGUAUGUAAAACCUCCGUCAGCUCACUUCGAGAGCCAAGACUUGGUGUUUUCCAUAAUGUACACAGCAGUGACUCCCAUGCUUAAUCCUUUAAUAUACAGUUUGAGGAAUAAAGAGGUAAAAUCAGCUCUGAGGAGGAUUUUUAGAGUGAGCAAAAAUUAG